AAGAAAGUAAAUACCCCAGCGGUCUCUGAUCAGAUGUUUUGGUCGUCGGCAAGGAAAAGUGCGCACUAGUUUGUACAAUUUUGCUGAUUUCCCCUGUGUGGCUUCACCUGGCGGCGGGAGGAGCGAGGACCAGCAGUCCUGGAGGAGGAUUUGUUAGCCAUGUCCAGUGCCCUCAACCGAUCUGUGUCCUCCACCCCCUCCCCCCACUCCAUGCCCCCCCUGGUGAAUGGUGGGGGCGGUGGGGGGCUGGGGCAGGGGGGUGGCGGGAGUCCUGGGGUCACGCCAUUUGUUAAGGGAUGCCACACCCCUCCUCACCCCUUCAGAUAUUUGUUCGCGCCAAGAAAAAGAUCAACGACAUUUAUCAAGAGGUGGAGGAAUAUGUUGGAGAGGCCCUGCUGUUCCUGGAAGGGUCGAACCAGGGUGGCAAGCUGCUGGCACUCACGGAGGAGAUGGAGGCAGUGAAGGGCCCACAGUGCAAGGUGGCCGGCAUCAAGGAGGUGCUGGCUAGAGACCACAUGAAGGUGGCUUUCUUCGGCCGAACCUCCAACGGGAAGAGCACAGUUAUAAACGCCAUGAUGGGUGACAAGAUUCUACCCUCCGGCAUUGGCCACACCACAAACUGUUUCCUGCAGGUGGAGGGCGUGGAGGGCAACGAGCCUUACCUAACUACAGAGGGGUCCACAGAGAAGCAGAGUAUUAAGGGUAUUGGACAGUUGGCGCACGCACUUUGUAAUAACAGGCUCGGGGACUCCACCUUAGUUCGAAUCCAUUGGCCGAAGUCGAGGUGCCCGCUGCUCAGAGAUGACGUGGUUCUGGUCGACUCGCCGGGCAUUGAUGUCUCAGAAAGCCUGGACGACUGGAUUGACAAGCACUGUCUCGAUGCUGAUGUCUUUGUGCUGGUGGCCAACUCUGAGUCAACGCUCAUGAAUACUGAAAAGAAUUUCUUCCACAAAGUGUCUUCGCGCCUGUCCAAGCCCAACAUAUUCAUUCUGCAGAACCGUUGGGACAUGGCUGCCUCAGAACCAGAAUUCUUGAAUGAGCCUAACACAGAGCAGAGUGAGGUCCGCAAGCAGCACAUGGAGAGAACGACGGCAUUUCUCGUCGACGAACUGAAGGUGGUCGGAUCAGGGCAGGCUGGACAGCGUAUUUUCUUCGUGUCAGCUAAAGAAGCGUUGCACCAGAGACUCGGUGAAGCCAAGGGUGUGCCUGUCAAUUCAGCUGGUCUCCCGGAGGGCUUCACCAGUCGUUACUUCGAGUUUCAAGAUUUUGAGCGUAAAUUUGAAGAGUGUAUUUCGAAAACUGCUGUCAUUACCAAGUUCGACCAACACACCCGCCGGGGGCAAGACCAUCGUCAGGUGUGUGUCGAGGUGGGUCACUGUGUGGGGGGGGUAAUGGAGAGGGCAGCAGAAUUAAGGUCAGAGCGACUCAGACUGAGAGAUGACCUUUGGGCUCGUCUUGACCACACCGAGGAGAGGCUACAUGACCUGACCUCGCAAAUGAAAGAGAAAAUUUGCUCCAUUGUCGAAGAUGUGGAGAGAAGGGUCUCCAACGCACUCAACGAGGAGAUUCGACGCCUGUCAGUCCUAGUGGAUGAGUUUUCCGAGCCCUUCCACCCUGAUCCACUCGUUCUUACGGUGUACAAGAGAUCCCUACACACCCACGUGGAGGCUGGCUUGGGCUCGAACCUCCGUGCUCGGCUGUCCUCCGCCCUCGCGCUGAAUAUUGAGAGUUCACAACAGGAAAUGACCAACCGCAUGCUGUCACUGCUGGGGUCAGAGAAGCGAGAGAUGGCCGCCACACUGCUGCCACGUCGCGAGCCCUUCGAGGUGCUGUAUCGCUUGAACUGUGAAAACCUUUGUGCCGACUUCCAGGAGGACAUUGAAUUUAAGUUCUCCCUGGGCCUGGUGGCGCUGGUGCAGAGGCUCAUGGGUAAAGCCAGCAGCCGCAUCCUUAACUCUCGGCACAAGGAGCAGGUGCCCCGCAGUGUGCCCAUGACCCCCAUGACGCCCAGCAAUGAACCAGCCUUCCCCACGGCACAGGAUGACUGGUCCAUCAUUAGUCGGUUCGCUGUGGCUGCUGUUGGUUCUCAGGGCACCAUGGGCCUGGCUCUUGCCCUCGGACUGCUCUUUAAGACAGUCGGAUGGCGCCUCCUAGUCCUCACGGGGGGCAUGUAUGGGUGCCUAUACGCUUACGAACGACUGACGUGGACAAACAAGGCUCGAGAGAGGACCUUCAAGAAACAGUACGUCGGUCACGCAACUCGGAAACUGAGGCUUAUUGUCGAUUUGACGUCCCACAAUUGCUCUCACCAAGUCCAGCAAGAGCUGAGUGGUACCUUUGCCCGCCUGUGCCGCCUGGUGGACGAGAGCACAAGCGAGAUGCAGCGGAACGUGCGCACGCUGGAGAGAGAGGCGGGACAGCUGGAGGAGGCAGCUGCGGCGGCCAAGAAACUGCGUAACAAGUCCCACUAUUUAGCGAGUGAGCUGGAGGUCUUUCAGCAGACUUACCUGGCCACUGAGGAGUGAGAGGAAGUGGGAGACUGUAGCCAUGCUGUUUGUAAGGGUGAAGGUAUAGGAGCGAGGGGAGAGAAGGGAGGAGGAAGAGGAGGCGUACGAGAGGUGCGGAGAGAACGUAAAUUGUAAAGAUGAAAGAGGAGAUAAGGAAGAAGAGGAGAAAGGAGGAAGAAUGAAGAGAAGGAAGAGAUAGGAGGAAUUAAGAUAGAAAGAAGGAAGAUUAGGAAAUGGUUGUAGUGAGGUUGUAAUAAGGAAGGGAAGAAGAAGAAGAAGAAGAAGAAGAAGAAGAAGAAGGAAGAGGAGGAGGAGGAGACAAGAAUAAUGUUUCAUGUUUUGUACUUUAUUGUUCUUUGAGAGAGAGAGAGAGAGAGAGAGAGAGAGAGAGAGAGAGAGAGAGAGAGAGAGAGAGAUAUUAAUGUUACUUAGAUUAAUUAGUGUGUGUGUGUGUGUGUGUGUGUGUGUGUGUGUGUGUCUGUGUCUGUCUGUCUGUGUCUCUGUCUGUCUGUCUGUCUGUCUGUCUGUCUGUCUGUCUGUCUGUCUGUCUGUCUGUCUGUCUCAAUUGCAGCUUGGAAACAUUCUCUCUCUCUCUCUCUCUCUCUCUCUCUCUCUCUCUCUCUCUCUCUCUCUCUCUCUCUCUCUCUCUCUCUCUCUCUCUCUCUCUCUCUCUCUCUCUCUCUCUCUCUCUCUCUCUCUCUCUCUCUCUCUCUCUCUCUGCUUGUAACUUCUAAUCACACACACACACACACACACACACACACACACACACACACACACACACACACACACUUAACCAGUCUCAAUAUAUAUAUAAAAUAGAUGAUAUGUUUGCUAAUAAUGUUAAAUUGUUGAAUAUAAAUCAGUUGUUUAUAUAUGAGAGAGAGAGAGAGAGAGAGAGAGAGAGAGAGAGAGGUAGUAGGUAAGAUAAUAGUGAUGAUAAUAAUAAUAAUAAUAAUAAAACAUUUGCCUAUAUUAUGAAAGACAUUUUAAUCAUUGCUUUUAAAUCUCUCUCUCUCUCUCUCUCUCUCUCUCUCUCUCUCUCUCUCUCUCUCUCUCUCUCUCUCUCUCUCUCUCUCUCUCUCUCUCUCUCUCUCUCUCUCUCUCUCUCUCUCUCUCUCUCAGUACCUUACAAAUAAUAUGAACAGUACUAAUACAUUUUUUCACACACACACACACACACACACACACACACACACACACACACACACACACACACACAUAUUUUUACUUAGACUAAUAUAAUGUUAGUAAAUAUAAGAAUAAUUUAUCUUUUAUUUUUUGUAGGAAAUUGUUUAUUUAAAUGUUUUAUUUUUCAUUGUAUAGAUUUUUAUUAGUGUGUGUGUGUAUGUAUGUGUGUGUGUGUGUGUGUGUGUGUGUGUGUGUGUGUGUGUGUGUGUGUGUACCUAGUUAUAUAUAUAUAGAAUCUUACCUUGAUGCGUGUAUGUAUGUAUGUAUGUAUGUAUGUAUGUAUGUAUGUAUACCAGAAAGUACACAGCAAUCCAUCAAGCUUGUGUACGUAUGCAUGUGUGUGUGUGCGUACGUGCGUGUAUGUAUGUAUGUAUGUGUGUGUGUGUGUGUGUGUGUGUGUGUGUGUGUGUGUGUGUAGAGGUUGUACAUAUUGUUACAUACAUACACACUGUAAAGACUUUAGGUACACAAGGGUCAGAUUAAGUAAAGUAUAUAUGUAGUAGUGACCCUUAAGUUCCCUAAUACUGGUAGCUGUGCCGUGAUUGGUCGAUGUCUUUGUUUACAUUCAACGCAACUCUCCGAUUGGUUCGAAGGAUUUAUUUAUUUUAUUUUUUUCGGGUAAGUCUUAAAUAAAUUGUGGGUAAUGA